GUGUGCACUGUUCACCGGCCGCUCGUAUGCACCUCUCCCUGGGCUCCGAAAGGUGGCGCGCUCGCACAUACGGACGCAUGCGCGGUGUUUCCAGCUCGGGGGCGCGCACGUCUUACUCCGUGUACCGGGGCGCGCAUUACGCUGUGUGAUCAGAGUGGGGAGAGCGGGGUUGACACCGGGAUACCGGACACGGGAGAAGCUGGAGGAUGGAGAGCAGCCCCAGCCUCAUCGCCGUGCAACACCUAGACAGAUCUUACAUGUGAGGCUCCGCUGCAAGUUUCUGACCCAGUGAUCACUGGGGCACAGUAUGGCCCAGAUCUCCAACAGUAAUGGCUUCAGACAGAACGUAUCUCCGUCUGCACGGACCGCGGGAACAAAGGAUGUGGGGAAGGAAGAGGCCUUGCAGAUGGAAGCAGAUGCUUUAGACAAGCUGCGGAGAGAGAAGAGGCUGCUGGGAACUCAGAGCACCGCUUUCAUCAGAGCCCAUCAGAUAUCUCCAGCCUUGGGCAAGCAGGACCACGACCUUAUGGCUUUCCCGGAGGUGGAUGCUAAGAAGAGAGCAGGAAAGUCUCUACAGAGCAUUGAUAUAGAGAAGCUUCCUUUAGCCGAGUUAGAGAAGCUGCUUCUGGAUGAUAGUUUUGAGGUUGUCCCCAAGCCACUGUCUGUACCGCAGACGCAGGCAUUAAGCCCGGUUGUCUCAGCGCAAUGUUACAUCACUCCCUCCUUCCAAAGCAGUCAAUGGACAUCCCGGCUGCACACACCGGUGCCUUGCCCUUUACAGCCGACCUUUUCUGCGCUGUACCCCAAAUGUGCCGAUCCCUUUCAGAACGGGUUCAGUCCCAACAUGUCUUUCAUGCCGCGCAAAGAGCCGAUGUAUCUCAGUCUUCCAGCGCGUGCUCCGUAUGUCUCCUACGCCAUUCCGGCUAGGUCUGCCUUCCAGGUAAGAGGAACCUUGCCGGCUUACCGCAGCGAUGUCUCCUCCGACAUGGCCAAGUUGCUUGACAAAAUAGCAAAGACCUCGGAAACCUUGAGGAAUGGAAAAUCCAGCCAUGAAACACAUCUGUCACCGGCUGAACCUCCCGCACUGAGCGCAGACAAGCAGGAUGACAUCAGCAAGUUUGAUUGGCUGGAUCUGGACCCUCUAGGCAAGCACAAGGUGGAUAUUGUGGAAAUACCAACCCAUUGCCAGGACGGUGAGGCGGCCUCCUGCGGAUCGGCUGCAGAAGAUCCCUGGGAUGCUGUUCUGUUGGAAGAAAAGCCUUUGAAAUCCAGUCUCUCCGAGUGGAAAAUGAACGGUAAAUCGCCCUCCGGAGCUACCGUUACCAGGAGCCACUCUUUAAACUUGAGGCCAGCACAUGCGCAACUAUCAAAGGGUCAGACCACAGAGAAUGACAAUGGGACCAACGUGCAGAGCCCGGCAGGACAUUCUGUGUUACGGGAGUUGGAAGUGCAGGAUGAAGAGCUUGCAGCGUUCUGUGAAGAGGUGGAGAGGCUGAAGAGGCGGUUUCCCAGCCAGUGCUUGCUCACUAAUAACGGCUGUGUGCUGAGCCCGGUGAUGUUACAGCGGAACCUGACUAAUGAGAUCUCCAGCGUGAAGGUUUCUAUAGAGAUUGCGGGGUUCCAGCAGCCGGUGACGUUCACGUGUGACGUAAGCUCUCCGGUCGAGCUGAUUAUUAUGCAGGCUCUAUGCUGGGUCCACGAUGACCUCAAUCAAGUGGAUAUUGAGAGCUAUAUACUGAAGGUGUGCGGCCAAGAAGAACUGCUGCAGAACAAGCACUGUCUGGGGAGCCAUGAGUAUAUACAGAUGUGCCGGAAAUGGGAUGCAGAGAUCAGACUGCAGCUCUUGUGCCACAAAACCAUGGGCAGAGCCCUGGCGCGCACGGCUGAAGAUGACGAGACACCAGUUGACCUUAACAAGCACUUGGCCCUGCUGGACAGGCCAUUCAAAGAGCCAAUUACACGACAAAGCAUUGAGGAAUUACUGGACGGCUAUCAUGAGCAAGUCAAUAUGUGCCUUAAAAAUGAGAGUAACCCGUACAGAGCUGCUGACCAAGUCAUCAAACUGGUAAGAAAUAUCUGCAAGACUGUGGACCGCGUGGAGACCCCGUCUAUUACAGAGUGCGUCAAGAAGCUGCGGAGAGCCGUGAACCUGCCUCGGAGCCGCAGCGUGGAGGGUCCCCCCAGUCCCGCUGCCGGAUAUAACCACAGUGCCUCAGAUGGUACUCCACCGUGUGAGAGUCCUUUGCAAGAAAGUUUAAGCCAGUUAACUACUGCUGUUCACAAGCUGCUGCAGCUACAUCUGAACUCCUGCACCCCCACCAAGGACCCCAGUGACGGCAGGCCCCUCAAAGAAGCUCGGACCUCCGCUGACCAUCUCCAGUUCACUAUAUUUGCUGCACAUGGGAUCCCCACAGGUUGGGUGUCCAGCUUUGAAAAGUAUUAUUUAAUCUGUUCCCUGCUGCACAAUGGGAGAGAUAUGUUUAAACCGGUCCAGUCUAAGAAAGUUGGAACAUACAAGAGUUUCUUCUAUCUCGUUAAAUGGGACGAACUCAUCAUUUUUCCCAUACAAAUCGCACAGCUGCCCCAGGAGUCUGUUCUGCUGCUUAGACUGUACGGGAUAUUUAACACAAACAGUGGGGGGUCCCCAGACUCCAAUAAGCAGAGGAAGGGGCCUGAGAUGCUGGGCCAGGUGUCUUUGCCGCUCUUCACAUUCAAGAGGAUACUGACGAGUGGAACCAAGCUGCUAAACCUGUGGACAUCCUUAAUCUCCAGCACAACGCCUGGCACCAUGGGCAGAAAGACCACGCCAAUGCAGAAGUUGGCGCUGCAGGUUGAUUUUCCUUCUCCGGCCUUUGAUAUCGUGUACAAAGCUCCAGAACCAACGGGUACCUGCGUUCCGCAGAACAUAGAGACGCUGGACAAAGACAACAAGAGCCGCCUCCUCUCCCUCAUAACCAGAGAGUACCCGUCUGGGAUGCCUAAAGAAGAUAAAGUGUUCCUAUGGGAAAAGCGUUCCUACUGCCACAGCCACAAAGACUGCCUCCCUAAGAUACUGGCCAGUGCCCCAAAGUGGGACGUGUCGUACCUAGGAGACAUCUAUGCCCUGAUCAGCUCAUGGCCGCCCCUGAACCCGGUGUGUGCCCUGGAACUGCUGGACUCCAGGUUCGCAGACCAGGAAGUGCGCACGACAGCUGUCAAAUGGAUCCAAGAGGGUUUGAGUGAUGAUGAGCUGGUGGACCUUCUCCCGCAGUUUGUACAGGCUUUAAAAGCUGAAAUCUACCUGGACAAUUCCUUAGUGCGGUUCCUGCUGUCUCGUGCUCUGGGAAAUAUCCGAGUUGCUCAUUACUUGUACUGGCUACUGAAGGACUCUCUCAGUGACCCCCACUUUGGGACCCGCUAUGAGCAGAUUCUUGGAGCUCUGCUCUCCAUAAGCGGGAUGGGUCUGCGCCAGGAGCUAGAGAAGCAGACCAGACUCACCCAGCUGCUUGGCGUUGUCGCAGAAAAAGUUCGACAAGCGAAUGGCUCAGCGAGACCGGUGGUUCUCCAGGAGGGAAUGGAACGUGUGCAACUUCUCUUCAGGAAGAACAACAUUCGCCUGCCGCUCAACGCCAGCCUAGAAGCCAAAGAGCUCAAUGUCAAGGCAUGCUCCUUCUUUAACUCUAAUGCAGUUCCCCUGAAAGUAACCAUGGUGAACGCUGAUCCGCUGGGGGAGGAAAUCAACUUCAUGUUUAAGGUGGGAGAAGACUUACGUCAGGACAUGCUGGCUCUGCAGAUGAUUAAGAUGAUGGACAAGCUCUGGUUACAGGAAGGGCUAGACAUGCGGAUGGUCAUCUUCAAAUGUCUCUCUACUGGCAAGGACAGAGGUCUGGUGGAACUGGUGCUGUCCUCGGACACACUGAGAAAGAUCCAGGUUGAGUACGGUGUCACCGGCUCCUUCAAGGACAAACCUCUGGCUGAAUGGCUGCGGAAGUAUAACCCAUCUGAAGAAGAGUACGAGAAGGCAUCUGAAAACUUUAUCUACUCUUGUGCCGGCUGCUGCGUGGCCACAUACGUGCUGGGGAUCUGUGACCGCCAUAACGAUAACAUCAUGCUGCGCAGCACAGGACACAUGUUUCAUAUCGACUUUGGCAAAUUCCUGGGGCACGCACAGAUGUUUGGGAGUUUUAAGAGAGACCGUGCACCUUUUGUGCUGACAUCAGACAUGGCAUAUGUCAUUAACGGAGGGGAGAAGCCCACCAGUCGCUUCCAGCUGUUCGUGGACCUGUGCUGUCAGGCUUAUAACCUGCUCAGAAAACACACCAACCUCUUCCUGAACCUGCUGUCACUGAUGCUUUCCUCUGGGCUGCCAGAACUAACAGGUCUCCAAGAUCUGAAAUACGUCCACGACGCUCUGCAGCCGCAAGCCACGGACGCUGAAGCCACUAUUUUCUUUACCAGGUUAAUUGAGUCCAGUUUGGGGAGUGUCGCGACAAAGUUUAAUUUCUUCAUCCACAACCUGGCUCAGCGAUUCUCUGGUCUGCCUUCAAACGAUGAAGCCAUUCUAUCAUUUUCCCCUAAAACGUAUUCUCUAAAGCAAGACGGGUGCAUUAGAGAGGCCUCAAUCUAUACAUACCACAAGCGAUACAAUCCGGAUAAGUAUUACAUUUACGUAGUGAGAGUUAUAAGAGAGAAAGAAGAGGAUUCUGCCUUUGUUUUCCGAACAUUUGAUGAGUUCCAGGAGCUGCACAACAAACUGAGCAUUCUGUUUCCACUAUGGAAGCUGCCAGGGUUUCCAAGUAAGGUGGUCCUGGGAAGAACUCAUAUAAAAGAUGUGGCCGCUAAGAGGAAAGUGGAGUUAAACAGCUACAUUCAGAGUUUGCUCAGCAGCUCCCCAGAAGUAGCAGAGUGUGAUCUGGUUUACACCUUCUUCCACCCACUGACUCGAGAUGAGAAGAUAGAGGGAUGUGAUGUAGCCGUCCAGGGUAUUGGAGAACCUCCCUUGAGUCCAACAUCCGGGAAGAUUGAAGGGGAAGUGAAAUUGUCUAUCUCGUAUCGGAACGGGACCCUGUUUAUCAUGGUCAUGCACAUAAAGGAACUGGUUAUUGAAGACAACACGGACCCAAAUCCCUAUGUGAAAACCUAUCUGCUCCCGGAUCCCCACAAAACAUCCAAACGUAAAACAAAAAUUGCUCGAAAAACCCGCAAUCCGACGUUUAAUGAAAUGCUGGUGUACAGCGGAUACAGCAAGGAGACCUUACGGCAGAGAGACCUCCAGCUAAGCGUCCUCAGCGCUGAAUCUCUACGGGAAAACUUUUUCCUGGGAGGUCUGACACUUGCCCUUAAAGACUUCAACUUGAAACAGGAGACGGUUGGGUGGUACAAGCUAACGGAAGUUCCAUACUCCUGAGGAACCAGUCAGUCACUUGACCACAUUGGACCAAUUCCACAAUGGAUAUUUUGUAGACAUUUUAGUGUAUCUGUAAAGACUGAUCUAUAGAGACUUUUAACCCGUUGUUUCUUUUUUUUUUGCGGCAUUUAAUAAGGAAUGUUUCAUACGCAUAAUUGCAAUAUGUCCUAAUACAGAAAGCACUGCCUGGACCCUUCCUAGUAAUAUAACUAUUUACCAAUAGAAUGAGAGCGAAAAGACAGCAAGCAGCAGGCACCCAACUGUGGGUACGAGCUGCCCAAUAAUGACCACUAUUCAGUAAGCUGUGGACUGUGCCCGGCAUCAAUUCUAGUGUAGCGUUUGCCCUGCCAUAGUUCACUAACCCCAUAACUUGAAGAUGUUUCUCUAUCAUUCCUCAACCACUUCUUAAUGUGUGGACUCUGGGCGCCACCUAGUGAGCACUACAGGUUCUGCAUUUUUCUAGACCAUAAGGGUUGACAUUUGCUUAGAGCACUGGUCCCAUUUUCAAGUCUGCUGUAUAUAUUGUUUUAACAUCUAGCCUUCUGAUCAGUGCUCUGUAUGUACAUUACUAUACACAUAUUUUUAAAGUCACAUUUAUUAAACCGAAUGGGCACCUAUUGUCCAUAAGAGUAUGUUAUGUGAAUUCAUCAGUUCUAGCUAUAAGAGGUCAUAUUAAUCUCUGUAUAACAGCACUCGUGUCCUUAUAGCCAGUCUGAGUACAGCGGGUAGAAUGUCACUUUACGAUGCAAUAGGGCUGCUAUAAAUAACAGUAUAAAUAUCCUGCAUUCUAGGGGUUUCCGUCUGAAGACAGUAGGCAGAAAGGUGCAGAUUUAUUAGGCCUGGAGAAGUGAUAAAACA